CUGAAACGUCACAUACACAUUCUAUGGGAGACCCUGAGACUCAUAUAAUCUUGAAUUAUUAUAUUAUCUUGUAAAAAGGAGCAUUAUAUGAAUUCUUUAACAUAUGAGUUUGGAUGAGUUGACUGAGAUUUCUAAUCUGAUCACCGCUUUAUUUCAUAAUCCAAAUUACAUUUGAGUGCUUAGUUCCAAAUGUUCGGAGUUAACUACUUCAGAUCUUUUUCUUUUUGUCAUGCAGCUGUGAAUCGGUGAAGGGCGAUGGCAUCUGAUAAAGAGCUGCUCAAGAAAUCUCUGUAUGAACUGGUAGAAGCUGAUCUAAAGGAGUUUCAGUGGCACUUAGAAAAUGAUCAUGAGUGUAUAUCAAAGUCUGAUAUGGAAAAUGCAGAUAGGUUAAAAACAGUGAAUAAGAUGGUGGACCGUUUUGGAUCAGAAGAAGCUGUGAAGAUCAUGGUGGAAAUCCUGAGAAAGAUGAACCAGAAUAAUCUUGCUAAGCAGGUGGAGAACAAACACAAGCAAGGCAAAAUGAAGACAUGUGCUGCUGUUGGAGCUCAUUCAGAAGAGAUACGGGGCUUAACUGCAGAUGACAGACAAGAUACUCUUCAUAAUUACACAGAGACCAGUCGCAGACUGAAGAACAAAUUAAAACAGGACUACGAGCAAAUAUUUGUUGGUUGUUCACAGUCACAGACGAGUCAUAAGAAAAACUUUAACAAUAUUUACACUGAUUUAUAUGUGGUAGAGAAUGAGACUGGAGGAAGAGUAAAUGACCACGAGGUGAUACAGAUCGAAUCAAAUCAUAAACGAUAUGAUGCCAAGGACACACCUAUCCAGUGCAAAAAUAUUUUUAAAGUCAACAAAAACAAAAAGGUGCUGACGUUAGGGAUCGCAGGGGUAGGAAAAACUGUCUCUGUCAAUAAAUUCAUCCUUGACUGGGCUGAAGGAACAGAAAAUCAGGAUAUGACCUUCAUUUUUCCUCUGCCGUUCCGUCAGCUAAACCUGAUUACAGAGAACUGCAGUCUCAUGGGACUGCUUCACGAAUACUUUUUUAGUGAUCCUAAAGAACUGCCCUCUCUUCCUGAAGGUGAUGGUAAGGUGUUGUUCAUUUUUGAUGGGCUGGAUGAAUGUCGCUUUCCUUUGAGCUUUAAAAAGGGUGGAAGAUUUACAGAUGUUCACAAAAAAACAACAGUGAGUAAGAUAGUUAGAAGUGUUAUCAUGAGACAUUUGGUUCCCUCUGCUCUCAUCUGGAUCACAUCCAGACCAGCAGCAGCCAGUCUGAUACCCCGAAACCACAUUGAUCAAGUGACAGAGGUGCGAGGAUUUAACGAUGAGCAGAAAGAGCUAUACUUUAUUAAAAACAGCAGUUCUGAGGUUGCUGGGAACAUCAUCAGUCACAUUAAGAAAUCCAGGAGUCUGUACAUCAUGUGCCACAUCCCCGUCUUCUGCUGGAUCUCACUCACUGUACUUCAGCCUCUACUGGCUCAAGGGAGCAAUGACAAAACACCAACAACUAUCACAGAGAUGUACACAAACUUCUUAAUUUCUCAGCAACAACAGAUGGAAGAAAAAUACUGUGAUGGCCCUGAACCUAAACCCAAUGCAAUGUCUUUUGAUCAGGUUAUUCUGAAGCUUGGGAAACUGGCCUUUCAACAGCUGGAGAAAGGACAACUGAUUUUCUACGAAGAAGAUCUUGAGAAUUGCGGGCUAGAUGUCUGUGAAGGGUCAGUGUUCUUUGGGUUAUGCACUCAGAUCUUUCAGAAGGAAAAGGUUUCAGCCAGAAAGGUUUAUAGCUUCAUUCAUCUCAGCAUGCAGGAAUUCCUUGCUGCUCUCUAUGUGUUUUUUAUUAACAAAGACAAGAAAGCAAACCCAUUUCUUAAAUCAUGGAAAAACCUGACAUGUAAACUCUCCACAAAGCCACUGCUUAAACUCCAUAAGACAGCAGUCAAGAAGGCUUUGCUAAGCGAGAACGGACAACUGGACCUUUUCCUCCGGUUCCUCCUGGGUCUCUCACUGGAGUCCAAUCAGAGUGACCUGAAGGAACUACUGCCAGGACUGGAACUCAAAACAGAGAAUGUUAUAGACACUAUUGACUAUAUCAAACAGAAGAUAGAGAUGGAGAAAUCAGUAGAGAGGACCAUCAAUCUCUUCUACUGUCUCAGUGAACUGAAAGAUGACUAUGUGGAGGAAAUCCAGAAGAAUCUGAGCUCAGGAAAUCUUUCAGCACAAAAUCUCUCCUCUGCUCAGUGGUCUGGUCUGGUGUUUGUGCUCCAGAUGUCAGAAGAGACUCAAGAGACGUUUGACCUGCAGAAAUACAGAGGAUCUGAUGAAGCAGUGAUGAGACUGUUGCCAGUGAUCAAAAACACCAAAAGAGCACUGCUACAUAGUUGUAAUCUCACUGCUCAGUGCUGUCAGAGUUUGUCUUCAACACUAAAAUCCUCAAUCUCGUUCCUGAGAGAGCUAGACCUCAGUAACAAUGACCUACAGGAUUCAGGAGUGAAGCUUCUUUCUGGUGGACUGAAGAGUACGAAAUGUCAGCUGGAGAUACUGAGGUUGUCUGGCUGUAUGGUGACAAAGAAAGGCUGUGGCUAUGUUUCUUCAGCUCUGACUUCGAACCCUUCACACCUUAGAGAGCUAGAUCUGAGCUACAAUCACCCAGGGGAUUCAGGAGUAAAGCUGCUCUCUGAAAAACUAGAGGAUCCAAACUGCACACUGGACAAACUCAAUGUGGAUCAUGGAGGAGAGAACAGGAUUACACCAGGACAACAAAAAUAUUCCCAUCAGCUCACUCUGGAUUUGAACACAGUGAAUAAACGCCUCCGUCUGUCUGAGGAGAACAGAGUGAUUACUGCCACUAACACAGUCCAGUCGUAUCCUGAUCAUCCAGACAGAUUUGAUGAGUAUCAGCAGGUGUUGUGUAGAGAGAGUGUGUGUGAUCGACGCUGUUACUGGGAGUUUGAGUGGAAGGGGAUUCAAGUGUUUAUAUCAGUGUCAUAUAAGAGCAUCAGCAGGAAGGGAGAGGGUAAUGAGUGUGUUUUUGGAUGUAAUGAUCAGUCCUGGAGUAUGAUCUGCUCUUCCUCCAGAUACUCAUUCAGACACAAUAACAUAAAGACUGAUCUCCCUGUAAAGUCCAACAGCAGGAAAAUAGGAGUGUAUGUGGAUCACAGUGCAGGAACUCUGUCCUUCUACAGCGUCUCUGGAGACACAAUGAGCCUCAUCCACACAGUCCAGACCACAUUCACUCAACCGCUCUGUCCUGGGUUUAUGGUUGGUCCUAGAUCAUCAGUGAAACUGUGUUGCUGAAUCAGAAUAGACUGGAGAGAGAUUCUACCCAUAAUCCUUUGAGCUGCACGAUAAAUCAGUGACUGAUAAAUCAUAGACUUGACUAGAUGAUCCAAGAUAAGAGGCUUGAUGCAGAAAGACGAUGAGCACAUAUUUAAUAAACAUCACCAUGAAACGUUAACACAAGACAAUGAACAUAAGGUGAUUGAUAAGAUGACUUUAAAUACACUAGAUAACACGAGACUGAUGGUGAUAAUCAUUGUCAUGGUUACAAACAAGUGUUAGUAUGGAACUGAAAACCAGACACAAGAAGACAAAAGGAAUUCAAAAUAAGAGUCCAUGAAGACAGAGACAUACAGGUAAUCAUGACAUUAACAGUGAGAUGUUAUAGAUUCUCUUCAUUACAUUAAUAAUAAAGCUGAACUUCUGUCACUGAAAUAACAUGUUCUGGUUCUGGUUCCACUAGAGCCGUAUUGGUUGUGUAAACGAUAAGCUCUCUUGAAGUUUAUGUAAUAUACCCUGCUAAAAAAAAAAAAAAGUCAGAGAACGUUUAAGGAUGAGUGAGAGAAACAAGGUGAGGAGCAAGAGAAACCUAGUCAAUGAUACUAACAGAGAAGAGAGAGGAAAUAUGAGACAGAAGAAGAUGGAGACACAAUGAGACUUACUGCAAACAUGCCUGGAUGAUACCAGAAAACCCAAGACUUUCAACUCAAAACCGAAUUUAAGACAUUAAAAGAUGAUCUCAGAAGACAAAUGGAGAGUGAAUCUGCAGAGUUUAAAGAACAACGGAAGAAAUACAGGAACAGAACAUCAAAGUU